AUGUCUGACCUUUUGAAACCUACAACUUGUACCGAUCAGGAUGUCACAGAUGUAGUAGAAAACAGCGUUGCCAGCAGCGUUGCAGAGUGUCCCUUUUUUGACCUAAAUGACAAUUCUGACACCACGAAGCAAACAAAUAGCUCUCACUCUCUUGAUAAGUAUCUUCAAGGAGAUUUCUUUCAGUCUUCUUUUGAUGAUAUGAGCUCUGAGACAAAACCUAAGGAUUAUACAGGAAUUUUUAGUGAUGAUAUUAAUGAUAUGGACGAAGCCUCAACAUCACAUUCAGCAACUCCAAAUUUAGUGACGGCAGAUCAUCUAGGAUCCACGGUAUAUCCGAGAAUUGCAAAAUCGCCAUCAUUAAGUUACAGCUUGAACGAGUCAGGAAGAUUAGAAUGUCCAAGAGCACUAAAUUGCUACUUCCGGUCCGACAGUAUUUUUAACGUUAUCAAUGAAAACAAUGAAACUUGUUCCCUAAACCAAGCGGAAAACUCAAAAACUGAAGAUAUGGAUUUUGAGGAACAUGACAAUGACCCAUUUGAAGCUAGAGAUGAUUCUGCACCUGAAUCGCCCAGCUACGUGGAAAAUUAUCAUGUUUCUGGUGCAAACCAGAUAUACUUAGAAAAACUCAAGGAACUAGAACGAGAAAUCAACCAAUUGGAAAUACUUCAGAAACAUCAAACCAGGCGUGAAGAGGGCAAAGCAACGGGAGUUUCAGACACUGGUCGUCGGAAGUUGUCUACUCAAAGAUCUGUCAGUGAAAGUGAUGUUUAUGAUUUAGUGAAUGGUGAAGAAAUAGAAUCAAAUUCUUAUCUCAAUACAGAGAAUUCAAUCCAAAAUAAAAAAUGUGACUUGAUAAAAAUAUCACGUACUGAGGACAUCAAAAUGCCGCGUUCUAAUGACGGGUUUGGAAUUAAAAGAUGGUCAAGUUUCAAAAACAUCAAAACGGUUUGGAAACGACUUACCAAAACUGAAUCCAAAGCUCUGCAGAUAAAUAUUAAUGAAGACAGUAGGACGAACGUUUCAUGCCCUUGUGAUGGAGCAUGUCAACGCGUGGGGUCGCUAGUAACAACACUGGGAGGAUUUAUAUGGAUAGCUUUCUCUCAAUGUUCUUGGAUGGGACAAGUGGAUUGUCUGGCUGUCUCUAAAAUCGGUGUACUCUACGUGUCCUGUCCCUCACAGAGGAGAAUCCUUAUGGUAGGAACAGAUCUAGAGGUGUCGACACUUGCCGCCCUUCAAAGUCUGUAUCCGCGUGGUCUUGCUGUAUCGCCGGUCGAUGGUGCUAUAAUUGCCUGUAUGACAACACAAAAAGGUGGAUGCGAAAUGAAUGCUCAGUCUCAAAAGAGUUGCCUGAUGCGAUUCAAAGGAGAGACACAGAAACCAUCUGGGAAAAUUAUCAGCCAACAAUAUUGUUUUGGGUACCCUUUGAAAAUAGUCAUUAAUUGCGACGGAUUUUUAUUGGUGUCCGAUUUUGGUUUGCGAUGUCUUUUUAUUUUGGAUAAAGAUGGUAAUAUGUUGAGAACACUUUCCAGAUUAGGAGGCUCUCCUCUGGACCGUGUGCACUCUCUUGUAUGUAACCCAGGUAACUCAUUCUUCGUUGUUCAAGGAGGAGCGGGGAGACUUUCCAUCACACGUCUGAAGGAGUUGGAAGGUCAUUCAGGGAUAUUUGAGGAGGAAUCUACUACAACGAAAGACGAACCUUUUAUCGAUCAAACCAUUUUUACGUCUUCAAGGAAUGACACCGGACAUAUAGUUGUAGCCAACGGACAAACAAUCUUCUAUGUUUCACUGGUAGGUUAAGGAGAGCUGAUUUGUUGAUUUGCUUAGACUUUGAAUACAUGUAUAUGUAUCUGUGUA